AUGUCAGGAAAAGUGAGUUUCUCAAAAAAAAGAAGGAAAUCCGAUUUCUAAGCUACAAUAAGUAACAACUCUGUUCUACAGACUAAUGAGACCUUCAUACCGGAGUAAAUCGAGCUCCAUAAUUUCAGAAGAAAUCCGACCUCCGUGAAAACCUCUAUCAAGGCGCGGAUGGCAAGCAUUACAUGCUCUACAACUUGGUGGACAUGCACGGCGGAGGAGACUUGAUUCCUUGGAUGCGACAUGCAAUGAAAAGCGGGGACUUCUCCCUUCUGGAUGGGUAUCUGGAAGGCACGGUAAUGGUACAGUUUUACGCUCCAGAGCAUUAGUAUAGCACUAACACUGAAUUUUAGAUCAAAUGCAAUAUCGAAUUUACAGGUCCGCGAUAUGAUGUACAAUAACGGAAAAGGUCGGAUCGAAUCAGUCUCAGAGUUGGUGAAACGAAGGAAUAAGGAGAGAAACGAAAGGCUUGGAGCGUUCUCCAGGAAGAAAGGAAAGGGAAAAAGUGGUCCAAACAUUCUGGAUAAUCUUGAUGGGGAUGUGAAUCAGCAGGAUUUGAAGAAAGGUACAAAAUCGUUAGCUAUUAGUCGCCUGGAACAGACUAGUAAUCCGGGAAAUGCAAUUUUUUCUACCACUAUUUAUGUUGCCUUCCUACUUUCAGCCCUGAAACUUCUGGACGGCGGAAAAGGUGGGAAAGGAGAUGCCAAAUACCGUGAGAUUGCGUGGAAGUACGAGGCACGCGGCUCGAUGGGAGAAACUCUCGUCGGCUGCUGUCUAAUGCAAGGAACCUUGGUGCAUAACCUUUUGGCCAUGCGCCUUAUGGAAAUGUAUCCUCCAUUGAUCAACGACAUCUUCAUUUCGGAAGAUUAUUAUGGCUUGUCGCCGCUGCAUCAAGCCAUUGUCAACGAUGACCCGAAAAUGUUGUACUUUCUCAUCCAACAUGGCGCAGAUAUCAAUCAACGCUGCUAUGGGGCGUUCUUUUGUCCGGACGAUCAGAUCAGCUCCAGGACCGACUCGUUGGAGCAUGAAUAUGUGGAUGUCGAUGUGGAGACCAAUUAUCAAAAGUGAGGUGACAUUAUAAGCCUUAAACUUCUUUCAGCCGAAUGUAUUUCGGAGAGUAUCCGUUGUCAUUCGCUGCAUGCAUCAACAAUUUCGACUGUUUCAAGCUGCUUAGAGCCAAACGAGCCGAUCCUAACAAGCAGGACACAAACGGCAAUACUGUCUUGCAUAUGACUGUAAUCCAUGAAAAUAUUGUAAGAUCAAAGCCAAACAACUGAAUAUGAAUGUGUUCUAGGACAUGUUCUUACUGGCCUACGAAGGUGGCGCCAAGCUUCAAGUCCUCAACAAGCAGAACUUGACGCCGCUGACUUUAUCCGCAUUUCUGGCCAAGAAAACGGUAAGCACGACAGUUCAGCCAAAACACGUUUUAUAAUCAAUAAUUCUGCCUUCAGAUGUUCGAUCACCUGCUCAAAAUCGAAAGUCAGAUUCUUUGGGAACGAGGAGGAGCCGUCUCCGUCUCCUACCCUCUAGCAAAGAUCGACUCAAUCGAUCCGGAUACCGGAGCUCUCAACGAUUAUUCCGUACUGUCUCUGGCUGUGUAUGGAACCAGUUCAGACCAUCUGGACCUUCUUGAUGGCCUACUUGAAGAUAUUUUGAAAGCCAAGUGGAAGUCAUUUGGACUCACAAAGUAAGCACGGAUAACUUAGCAGAUCCACAACCACCAACGUAUUUUACCGCAAACUCCAUUUUUCAAUAAUAUUGCUUUAGAUGGACCCAAUCUCUCCUACUUUUCACCGUGUACUGGAGUUUCUUUGUUGCCGCCUUCCUCACUCGUCCAAUUUCCUGGACAACAGCGGUCAUUUCAAACUUCAAGCUGCUUCCAGACAUGCAGGAAAGCAAUAUCACAGACUCGCAGUAUAAUCAAAGUUUUGCAACUAGCGCGCAAUGUCAUCUAAUCCAUUACUCAACGCAAGGACAGCAGGGAUAUGUAAGAAGCUGUCAGUGAUAAAACCUUUGUCUUAGGCCCGUAUGAUACUGGAGCUCUUAACAAUAACUCUGGCCGUUUACCAAAUCGCAGUGCAGGUGAAAUACAUUCGCGCGGAGGGAUGGAUGAAAUGGUGGAAGAUCAUGGUAAGUCUAGGGAUCAAAUCCGACAAUAAGUCGGCUGAUAACACAACAAAACCCCGCAUGAAAAACAAGCCAUUUUCAGCGAGCUUUCCCCGCGAAGAUCCUAUUUUUCACCUCAUUGUUCCUCGUCAUCCUCAUCAUACCCAUACGAUUUCUCUGCUUCGUUCAUGAGGUCUUCCUCACAGCCGAUAAUGUCAUCAGCGUUGUGAGUGUAGUCCUCUGCACGGUCCACUAUCUCUACUACUGUCGAGCCAUCAAAUUUAUCGGGCCGUUCGUGUUGAUGAUCUACACAAUCAUCAUGAGAGAUCUCAUUCGAUUCUUCUUGAUUUAUUUUGUAUUCCUGUUGGGUUUCUCGCAAGCAUUUUACAUCGUAUUUCUGGCCGGCGAGCGGAUUAAUAAUCGGAUCUAUGCGCACCAAGUCGAGCAGUGGAAUAGGGCUCAUGGAAGUAUGUUUUGUAAGUUUCCAAUGGCAAUAACCAUCUAUUACAUCGAUAAUGAUCCUCAACUUUCAGAUGACACUGAUGACUACCCAGUUAAACAUCAAAAUAUCAUGUCGAAUCCGAUCGAAUCCUUCCUAAGACUGUUUAUUUGCACUAUUGGGGAGUUUACUACCUUCUACAAGGAGCUGAAUGCAAACCCUGUUUUUGAGAUGGCAGUGCUCGGCAAGAUAUUAUUCUUGAUCUUCGAGUUGGUUGUCAGUCUUAUGCAGUUCAACUUGCUGAUUGCUAUGAUGAGUAGGACGUACGAACUCAUCUUCCGGACUCAGAAGGAGUAUAAACGUCAGGUAAUAGGGCCAAAAUUUCAGAGAAUACGGCGGAAAUCUUUCGUAAGAACAAAGGCGCGAAGAAUCCACAUUAUUUUCCCGACAGACUGAUAAAUAUUUUUUAUCAUAUCUCUGUCUCUUUCAGUGGGCCCAAGUCAUCCUGCUUCUGGAGAUGUCUAUCACGGCUGAAGAGCGUCGCAACCAUCUGCUCCGCUACUCCCGACCCAUCGGCACGGACAAACGGAAACGCGCUUUCGUUGUCAUCAAGAAAGCCGAGGUUUUGAGCGAAAGCGAGAGAAUUUUAAAAAUGAAGGAGGAAGAAGCCAAACGCUUGGAGAAACAACAAUUUCUGAAGCGGCGGCUUCGAGGUUGGCUCGAUCAUCAACAAGGAGGAGCAACACCGUUUCCCGGAGGUGAUCGACAACCGUCAAGGGCUAAUGUCAAGGACUCAAACACUCUGGCACCAUCCUGA